AUGGUCGGAAAGACAGCCUUCUGCGCAGCUGCGCUUCUUGCUAUCCAGCCAGUCUUCGCUGCUCCGUUCACCCAUGAAGUCACCGAAUCCCGCGGAUCCCUUCUCCGCCGCGACGACACCGUGGUCGAUCCGCCGAAGGACAUCACACCAAUAAUCAACCAGAUCGAAAGCCUCACUCCAUCCGAGCUGGAAGAGCUCAUCGACUCAGUCAAAGAUGGCAAGUUCACCAAGCGCGAUGCCGUGUACCCACGCCAAUCCACCGCCGUCGCCGCCGAGCCCACGACCGACGGGCCCUUCCUCUCCUACCUCGACGGCUGGGCCAAGCCGGGCACCAACGAGAACUGCACCGACUUCACGCUCAACGGGCCCUUCACCAGCAUCCACGCGGCCAUGGGCAGCAGCAACGUGCGCGGCAUCAAGGUCGUCAGCGCGUCCGGCAACGCGACCGAGAUCACCGCCGGCACCGAGACCAUCGUCGACCCGGGAUUGUUCACGUUCGAGAGCAACGAGCGCGUUGCGAAGUUCAGCAUCGCGAAGCUGCCUGGCACCGCCGAUACCGUGUCGGGGUUCUCGUUCGAGACGGAUGCUGGGAGGAAGUAUGAGGCGCUGACGUCGCUGAUUACGGAGAAUAAGGUCACGCCCGAGUGGACGGAUAUCCCGGUCGGUGCGGGGAUUAUUGCGAGGAUUCGCGGGACGAACUGUGAGGGGUUGGGUGUGUUUGGGAGUUUUGGUGUCGAUUUGCUGGAUAAUCUGGACAGCAUUUCGAUUACGAAUAUUGACUAUGAGGGGUUUACGAAUAGCAUUAUGCCGUCCGGCGCUGGGACGCAGGUUACGGUCGGAUCGCAGGUCGUCGAUAACCGCAACAGCUCGGUGCAGCAGACUAUUUCGCUGCAGACGACUGACACUAUUACCCGCCAGCGCACUGUCACCACGCAGUCGCACUGGCAGGUUGGUGGCAGCGUGGGAAUGGAGGGAAAGGUUGGCAUUCCGCUGAUCAGCGAGGGUUCAGUCAAGACGGAGUUUAAUUGGCAGGUACAGCAGUUGACUUCGGAUGCCGAAAUGGAGAACUCCGUAACCACCCGGUCGGGCACCUUCCCGCUCGCUUGUCCUGCUGGCAAGUUCUGCACUGCAAAGGCUUUCUUCACGCAGUUCAAGCUCGAUGUCAAUAUGAAUGCUACGUUCACUGCUACGACGAAGAGUGGGGCCACUUAUGAUUGGGUCCAGAGUGGCGAAUACAAGGGCGCGGACAGCUUGGCCAUGCAGUUCAAUGUUACGGAGGUGAACAGUGUGAGCUAA